AUGGACCGGCUCUCAACUUUGCCUGAGCCUCUCCUUCUCAUCAUAAUCUCACUUUUGCCCUUCAAAGAAGCCAUAAGAACCUGCGUUUUGUCCACCCGUUGGCGUCACCUUUGGUGUUCAACCGCAAACAUCGAGUUCAAUGAACAUUUCUUUGUGAACGUCGAUGCAAGGAGAGAAAUUCAGAGACAAGUUUUCAUUGACUUUGCGCAGCAAUGGAUUGCAAACUACCAAGAAGACAACAUAGAUAAGUUUUCUCUCACAUUUUCUCACCCUAGAAAUUCCCAAAUCUUCGUCGAAAACUGUCUCAAGUUUUCUCUUGCUCGCCAUGUCAAACACAUGGGGCUUGAUUUCUCUGAACCCACCUGGGAUAUAUCUGAUCCUGGCGACAACCCUCAUCCGGUGUCGUUUGAUCUGCCUUCCCAGGUCUACAGCCAUCAUGUGAUUGAGUCUUUAACUCUUUCUUCCUGCAAUUUUGUUGUGUCUGAGUUCAAGAACUUUAGGUUCCUUAAACAUGUUUCGUUGGCUUGGGUUGAACUUAGGGCUUCUACUGUCGAGGCUCUGUUAGUUAACUGCGGGCUGCUUGAGAGUCUAAAUCUAAAGCAGUGUUGGAACACCAACAGCGUUGACGUCUGUGGACAGGACUUAAAGCUAGCGUCUUUGGUUGUCGAUAGGUGCAUGUGUUUGGGUUAUCAGAGGAUUUCAAUUGAGGCACCAAACGUAAAAUAUUUGAGGUUUGCUGGCUUUGUGGCCAUGUUUGAUGUGAACACAACAGAAGGCUUGGAAGAAGUUUACCUUGAUUUUGGUCUUGCGUCUAUAUGUGAUGAAGAUAGUGGUUAUCUUCUCUAUGACCUCCUGUGUGAAGUUUACCCUUCGAGGGCUUUGACUGUUUGCAGUUACACGCUCCAGACUAUUACCAUGGGACCGGAGCCAAUUGGUAUGGAACCGCGUUUGAGCGUCACAAACUUGACCUUAAAGACUGCUAUGCAUUACAAUGAACAAAAGGGGAUCAAGUUUUUCUUAACUAGUUGUCCUUUGUUGGAGACUCUCACCAUCGACAUAUGCCGUGGGACAAUUUUUCUCCAUGAAGAUGAAGCUCCAUUUCGUACACUCAACCCUUCUGAUGUUUGGAUCGAAAACCCGAUAGUUUACUUGUGCAUAAUCCGAACCCUGAGAGAGGUGGAGAUCAAGGGCUUCAAGGGGACACAAAAUGAGUUCUAUUUGCUGGCCUAUCUGGUCCUCCAUGGUCGUCUCAUGCAGAAGCUUACUGUGGUUACCUCGAGGGAAAUCAGCAACCAUGGAAACCCUGCAGUAUACCGAAGUGUAGCUGAGAAACUGUGUGCAGUGAGACGUGCCUCACAGCAGCUGCAAAUUACCAUUAUGUAG